CGCAGUCAUACAGAAGCAUCACGUGUGGAGAAAGUUAAGAUUGCAUUUAUUACGUGUUUUGAAUGUUUGUUAUACAUUCGCAUAUAUUCACUCUUUUAUUGUUACUUUUACGAUAAAAGCUGAAUAUACGAAAAUUAUUACAAUGGGGAAAAAUAAAAAAACGCGUAAGGUAGUGAUGCAAAGAUUCGCUCAGAUGAAAAAGAUGAUCAGUUUGAGUGAUUCACGAAUAAAACCAGAGAAACGGCAACCAUCUAAGAAAGCUCCAAAAGAAGACAAGGCUAAGAUAAAAGUUACAGAAGCGCCACAACAAUCUUCUGCGUUGUUUUUCCAAUACAACACGCAGCUUGGUCCACCGUACCACAUCUUAAUCGAUACGAACUUCAUCAAUUUUUCCAUCAAGAACAAAUUGGACAUCAUACAAAAUAUGAUGCAUUGCCUUUAUGCAAAGUGUAUACCAUAUAUAACAGACUGUGUGAUGGGCGAGUUGGAGAAGCUUGGACAAAAGUAUAAAUUAGCGUUGAAGAUUAUCAAGGAUCCACGAUUCGAACGAUUAACCUGUAUGCAUAGAGGAACAUAUGCAGACGAUUGUAUCGUAAACAGAGUUACACAACACAAAUGUUACAUCGUCGCGACUAAUGAUAAAGAUCUGAAGCGGCGGAUACGAAAAAUACCGGGUGUGCCAAUAAUGUACGUAUCUCAGCACAGAUACACGAUAGAACGAAUGCCGGACGCUUAUGGUGCACCUAAGUAGUAGGCCCAAUUAAAAAAAAAUAAUUUUUUAAUACGUUAACUUAAGGAAGAUAUGUUUUUGUAAAUAAAUCUUGGCAUUAUAGUACCAUAAAUUAUUGGAGCUGUUA